AUGAGAGAGCCGGCGCUGGCGGCCAGCGCCAUGGCUUACCACCCGUUCCACGCGCCACGGCCCGCCGACUUCCCCAUGUCCGCCUUUCUGGCGGCGGCGCAGCCCUCCUUCUUCCCGGCACUCGCGCUGCCGCCCGGCGCAGUAGCCGCAACAGUUCUGAGUCCCAGCGCGGAGGAGGCCCCGCGGCUUGGCCCUGCGGUCUCCUCCGCCCCGCGCUCUCGCUCUUCUGUGUCCGGGUCAGUCUCCGAGCUCGGGGGAAAUUCAACCUCUCCCAGACUCUGCUCCGAUCCCGAAGCCCCUAGUGGGACCUGCGCCCCGCUAGCCCCAGACCGGUCGCUCGUUUCCCGGCAGCGGAUGUUCCCCCCCUUCAAGGUGCGAGUCAGUGGCCUGGACAAGAAGGCCAAGUACAUCCUGCUGAUGGACAUUGUGGCCGCUGACGAUUGCCGCUAUAAGUUCCACAACUCGCGCUGGAUGGUGGCAGGCAAGGCCGACCCUGAGAUGCCCAAACGCAUGUACAUCCACCCAGACAGCCCAGCCACGGGGGAGCAGUGGAUGGCCAAGCCUGUGGCCUUCCACAAGCUGAAGCUGACCAACAACAUCUCUGACAAGCACGGCUUCACCAUCCUGAACUCCAUGCACAAGUACCAGCCGCGCUUCCACAUAGUGCGAGCCAACGACAUCCUGAAGCUGCCGUACAGCACCUUCCGUACCUACGUGUUCCCGGAGACCGACUUCAUCGCCGUCACUGCCUACCAGAAUGACAAGAUCACGCAGCUGAAGAUCGACAACAACCCGUUUGCCAAGGGCUUCCGGGACACCGGGAACGGCCGGCGGGAGAAAAGGAAGCAGCUGACGCUGCCGUCUCUGCGCUUGUACGAGGAGCACUGCAAACCCGAGCGCGAUGGCGCGGAGUCGGACGCCUCGUCAUGCGACCCUCCCCCAGCGCGGGAACCACCCACCUCUCCGGGCGCAGCGCCCAGUCCCCUGCGCCUGCACCGGGCCCGAGCUGAGGAGAAGUCGUGCACCGCUGACAGCGACCCAGAGCCUGAGCGGUUGAGCGAGGAGCGUGCGGGGGCGCCGCUAGGCCGCAGCCCGGCUCCAGACAGUGCUAGCCCCACUCGCUUGACCGAACCCGAGCGCGCCCGGGAGCGGCGCAGUCCCGAGAGGGGCAAAGAAUCGGCCGAGAGCGGCGGGGACGGUCCGUUCGGCCUACGGAGCCUGGAGAAGGAGCGCGCCGAAGCUCGGAGGAAGGACGAGGGGCGCAAGGAGGCGGCUGAGGGCAAGGAGCCGGGCCUGGCGCCACUGGUGGUGCAGACAGACAGUGCGUCCCCCCUGGGCGCCGGACACCUGCCGGGCCUGGCCUUUUCCAGCCACUUGCACGGGCAGCAGUUCUUUGGGCCACUGGGAGCCGGCCAGCCGCUCUUCCUGCACCCUGGACAGUUCACCAUGGGCCCUGGCGCCUUCUCCGCCAUGGGCAUGGGUCACCUGCUGGCCUCGGUGGCAGGCGGCGGCAACGGCGGAGGCGGCGGGCCUGGGACCGCCGCGGGGCUGGACGCAGGUGGGCUGGGUCCUGCGGCCAGCGCAGCAAACACCGCCGCGCCCUUCCCGUUCCACCUCUCCCAGCACAUGCUGGCAUCUCAGGGAAUCCCAAUGCCCACUUUCGGAGGCCUCUUCCCCUACCCUUAUACCUACAUGGCAGCAGCAGCCGCAGCCGCCUCUGCUUUGCCCGCCACUAGUGCUGCAGCUGCCGCCGCCGCAGCUGCCGGCUCCCUAUCUCGGAGCCCCUUCCUGGGCAGUGCCCGGCCCCGACUGCGUUUCAGCCCCUAUCAGAUCCCGGUCACCAUCCCGCCUAGCACUAGCCUCCUCACCACCGGGCUAGCCUCCGAGAGCUCCAAGGCUGCUGGCGGAAACAGCCGGGAGCCCAGCCCCCUGCCCGAGCUGGCUCUCCGCAAAGUAGGGGCCCCAUCCCGCGGUGCCCUGUCGCCCAGUGGCUCAGCCAAGGAGGCGGCCAAUGAACUGCAGAGCAUCCAGAGACUGGUGAGUGGGCUGGAGAGCCAGCGAGCCCUCUCCCCAGGCCGGGAGUCGCCCAAGUGA